GUCAAAAGAAUCAGUUCAGACAUACCAUUUAUCCUGGAUGCUUUACAGAGUUCACAUACCAUUGAAGUGCAGGGUGACAAGGUAAGAAGACGUGAUGGGUGGUCAAACUGGGUUCCAGCUUCUGCAGAGCACAAAUCGUCCUCAGAAACUCUGAUUCCAGAAGGACAACCUGCAGAUAAGCUUAUUAGUGCUUUAAAGUCUAUUGAGUUGAGUGAAGGUGUUACAAGGUGCACCUCUGAAGGGACUGAUGGGUGUCCUUCAAAAAAUGAAAGUUCAGUAGAGCACUCAUUGCCAGAAAUAGAACUCAAAAAGUAUUGGUGA